AUGGUCCUGCCCAUCUGAUCUCACAAGCGCUGAAGCACGGCGCACCAGGGCACGUUUGCGCAGGGCUCCUUCGUUCCCCGCCAGAAAUAGUACUGCUUACUAUUUCGGGAGCGGCGCUUAUCAUCCGUGAUCUUCGCAGCUUGUGCCCUGUGGCCGUUAUCGAUUGGCUUCACCAAUUUGUCGAGCACCUGUGUGCGGGGUGCAGAGAGCAUGUUUUCCUUAUAGCUGUCAUUUUUUUUUUAACACUGUUAAAUAACUACUCUUCCGUCCGUCAUGAUUGCAACUCCAAUGAGUCCUCAAACAUCCCAUGUCCGACAUACCGGUUCGGACUCCAGCCGCACAUCAUCCCAUCUUACCUCGUCGUUUCCUUCCCCAGCCACUUUAUCCCAAGAACCACCAACAACGCACAACAUGCUAUCUACACUUCCAACGACAGCGCCUAAUGGCCAUGGGGUAGGCAUGUCGAAACGGCCAAAAUUGUCUCUCCAGACAACAUCGCUCCCGGUAACCUACGGGAAGUCAACCACGGGUCUUUCUUUGUCUCUCGCGACGGCCAACGCCACUGCCUCACCGACAGUCCUCAACACCUUCAAUAAUGCUUAUGAACUGAUGCGAUCAUCUACAUCGACUGUUGGAGAUGUAUCGCCUUCCAAGGGGAAAAUAGCGUCUCCAUAUGCCACCAACAGGCAUAAGGAAUCCGUUCCAUACCAACUACCUUUGGGUGUGCGGAGCAUUCUACGGAACUCUCCCAUCCCCGCAUCUUCACGACGACAGCGCUCGGUGUCUAUGACAGGGAACAAUAUGAACGGGUCGCAUUCGAAUCGGCGCCUAUUAUUCCCUGCGAGUAAACAAGUCAGCUAUCGAUUUCCCCUCGAGGAGGAGGUCAAAACAGUCCGCUUCACUGCAAGACAUUCGGAUAUGCUCGAUGAUUCAGAGCCAGAGAUCUCUGACGAGUCGCAGUCAGAUGACAAUUCAAACUCGCAGAUGUCGCGGUCCGACUCUAGCUCUUCGGACGAAGAGGCCAGCAAAUGCCAGGGCAUUUCGCCUCUUACACACUCCAAGAGAAAAAGGAGAAAAAGCGCAGGGGUAGAGGGAGGGAAGCUUCAGCUCUCUCGACUCGAUGGACAUGCCAGCAGGCUGGAAAGCCCACAAACACCGUGUCAGGAGCAUCCGAAACGUCGCCGCGAAUGGCGAUGGACAUUGGGUCCUCUGCCACCAAACAACUUGGCAACGGCCGUUGAUACAGCUGCUGGCCUGACCGACUCAACCGAUGAAUCCACAGCAUCUUCAUCAACAACACCCUUGAAAAUAGACAUGCCAUACAGCAUUCCUACGACUGACUUGAAUACCACUCUAAGCCACAUCUCCGCCGACGCCUGAGAGAAUUAGAACAUACGCACGCAUCUAUUUCAUAUCAACUCAUGAUCUUCAUGUCACACGACAUUCAUCAUCGCAUCCGCAUUUAUGGGCGUCCCGAGUAUACGGGCUAUUUCAUGUG